ACCAGAUCUCCGGAAGGUCGGUUCCAGUUGGCGGCGCGUACAUUCGCGGUCUCCCUAUGCGCGUGCCUGUGCGAGUGGUUUAGUAAGCGAAGUGUGCGAACAGGCGACUGUUGUGUAAGCGCCGGUGAGCAUACGCGAUUAGAGCUUUGGACCACGGAUUGGAUUGGUUCUCGACCAUCUCUCCGCGGGACUCGUCCGAACUCGAGAGUGGAGAGUUAGUGUUUUACGUGUUGAAAUCGGUGCGGGAAUCCUUGUGUGAAGGGAACAGUAGGUGCUGUGAUCCGAGGUGCUUGUGUUAGUAUGGUGUAGUUGUGUGCGGUGCAUUCGAAGCCAGAAACACUAUCCUGCUCAGAUCCGUGCAGUACACGAACAAUAGUUCACUGACCUUCGGCAGCGGACCAGAGGACAUCGGAGCUUGGUUUGCAGACAGCGUUCGCGUCGGACUCAGAGUCAGGCUCAAAAUGCGCUUCGCACGCUCCACCCACUGGAUGCUGCUGGUAGUGGCGGCCACACUGCUGACGAUCGCCAGUGGCCAACUCUCCAGUGUCGUAAGGCAGCCACCGCAGCAGUACAGCAGCCCGCAACAGCAACAGCUAGCGGCCCGCCAGCAAAAGUACUCGGGCAACAUUAACCUCGUGUCGGACAGCGUCACCAACCUGGCCCAGCGUAUCGCUCGUGCCAUUUCGAACCAAAAGAGCAAAACGGAGAUCUUCUCCCCGGUCAGCAUUGCCGGCGCCCUGUCGCUGCUGCUCCUCGGUUCGGGCGGUCAAACGCAGAAGGAGCUUCUGAAAGUGAUGGGCCUGGACUCCGGGGCACUGUCCUUCCAGGACAUCCAUCUGGGCUUUGGGCGCCUCUUCCAGGAUCUGGUGUCGAACGAGCCGAGCCUGGAGCCGCUCGUGACCUGGCGUCAGAACGACAAGUGCAACCGGUUCGAUGAGGAGGAAGAGGAAGACGACUACCCUCUGCCACCGGCGGCCAACAGUGCGAACGUAUCGAGCCACGAUCAGCACAAAAUAUCGCUCGCCAACGGGAUCUUCUUGCAGGACCAGUACAACCUCAGCCAGUGGUACCGGACGGCAUCAAUGGACCUGUACCAAUCGGAAGUGCGAUCGCUGGACUUUGACGAUGACCCAGUAGGCUCUACGAACCAGGUCAAUCAGUGGGUGAACGAGAAAACGCACGGCAAGAUACCGAACAUCCUGCCGACGACGCUGCCAUCCACCACGACACUGGUGCUCGCCAGUGCCAUGUACUUCCGGGCCAUCUGGCACAAAACGUUCAUCGAGGGUGCAACGAAACAGCGCGAGUUCUUUCCCGACGGCUACGACGAACCGCCGAUAAUGGUGGACAUGAUGGGGCACGGAGGCUGCUUCCCGUCCUACGAAUCACCCGAACUGGACGCCCGCAUCCUGGGAAUUCCGUACAAGCGGCGGCUCAGCACGAUGUACGUGAUAAUGCCCAACAAUUCGACUCGCGCGAAGCUGCUCGACCUGAUGGCCAAGCUAAACAGUGACAACAUCAGUCAGAUGAUCAACAGUAUGACGAUCAAGACGACGAUUGUGCUCUUCCCGAAGAUGCACAUCGGCAAUACGCUCAACCUGAAGCGAGUCCUGGCGAUGCUCGGCGUACGGUCACUGUUCACCCCCGAUCGCAGCAACCUGACCGCCAUGGUGUCGGAACCGCCGGCCGGCUCCGAGCUGUUCUUGAAUCGGUUCCAGGACGUGACGUCGAUGCCUGGGUGGGAAGGACGACCGACUGUUAAUAUUCCACCGUAUGUCCCCAACUUGAGCCAAAAGCAAAACCAGGAUCUGACGCAGGGACUCACCUUUUCGCGUGUGCAACCGAAUGAACCGGAUACUGCAAUGGCCAGCGAUGAUGUUACCGCUACCCAGCCCGUAACGACGGCACUUCCAGAGUCUCGGGAACCGGGGCGUCCGAAGCGUGAUGUUAGCUAUAAGGUACCAAGUAGCAAGCGGGGUCAGUCCGGGCCGCUUCGGAGCAAAGAUUUCAUCCUGAACAAGCGCAUCAUCAAGGAGAAAGGACCGAUCGGAAAGAAGGGCCUACGAAGACGCAUGAAACGAGCAACGACCGAAACCGGAAAGGCACUGUAUGUGAGUAGCGCGACCCAUCAGAUUGACCUGGACAUCAAUGAAAUGGGCACGGAAGGCGGUGCGGCCACGAUCAUCACUCUGAACCGAUCCGGUUCCAGUGUCGUGUUCCGUGCGAAUGCACCGUUCUUGUUGCUGAUUCGUAACGACCGAACGGGGCUACCCCUCUUCUAUGGAGCGGUGUUCGAUCCAACGGAGUGUCGCACGGAAGUCGAAAUUCACCUGGCCAAUGGAAUCUUCGCCCAGGACGGAACCGCCUUCGAUGAUCGGUACAAUGCGCUGGCCAAGAAGCUGUACAAAAGCGAACUCCAGUAUCUGGACUUUGUGGGAAGUGAAUCGAAAUCGGUGCGCGCCAUUAACGGCUGGGUGUACAAUCAGACGCGUGGCCGUAUCGGCGAUAUCCUAUCGCACAUCAGCCCCGAAACGAUCUUGCUGAUUGUCAACACACUCUACUUCCGUGGACUCUGGGAGGAACCGUUCUUAAACCUGGCGACCCGUCCCCGGCGCUUCUUUCCCAAUGGUCCCGAAGGACCCGGUUCGUUCGACGUGCCGACGAUGGCCAAAAGUGGUUGCAUGCCGUACUACUUCUGGAAGGAAGAAAACGUACGUGUGCUGGGCAUACCGUACCAGCAGAAUGUCACCAUGUACAUCUUUCUGCCGAACAAUUCGACACGCGCUCUGGUAACGGCACUGCAUGAAAAAAUUUCCGCCCAAACGAUCAACGAGAUCGUGACAAAGAUGACCAUGAAAUCGGUGUCGCUACUGCUGCCCCAGAUGCACGUCAGCAAUGCGUUCAGCCUGAAGAGCGCCUUCCAGCAGAUGGGUUUGUACGCGCUGUUCGAUCGUGAAACGGCCGAUCUGUACCACCUGCUGACCAGCAAGAGGCGCGGGGACGGUGGCGAAGAGCUGGAGGACAUUUUCGAAGCUCUGGAAGAUACCAAGGAGAACGCGAUCCAAUAUCUAAUGAAGCAAAAUCCGAACUGCGUGGUGCUGGAAAAGCAGGGUGUCGAUCGGGUCACCUGUUUGAAGGAUCUGUGCCGGCUCGGUGGUGACGUUUGCGUUUGCUGUGCCGAUUCGGAUGACGAUUUCCGGCGACGGCGACGGGAUACAGCGACGGACUACGGCGACCAAGCGAACGGUACGAUCUACGUCACCGAGAUGCUGCACAAGGUCGAUCUGGUCGUAAACGAACGGGGAACCGAGGGUGGUGCAGCUACGGCGACCCUGAUUGAUCGCAUUUCGUCUCAAAUCACCUUCCUGGUGAACGGGCCGUUCCUGAUGAUCAUCCGGGAGGAAACUACCCGUUUGCCACUGUUUUACGGGUCGAUCUUUAGUCCGAAAUAAAAGCGGUUGGGU